ACAUUCCCCAGUUGGAUAGGAGCUCCUCCCCUGUGGCCUAGUUGGUGCGCCCAAUUAGUACUGAUCUUACCUUACGGUGAGAUCCCACUGUAAGCGGCCCAUAGUGUACGAUGCCAUCGAAGAAUGUUGAAAAGAACCGGAUUCACUCAUACGCAAGUUGAUGAUUCCACUAAAGGUUUCCCCCCCUACUAGGCACUUCUUCCUGAAAUCAGGUUGUCGGGUCGAGUGGCAGGGUUUUUGGUUCCGAAGCAGAAGUCAAGUUUUUGUUUUUGCACAUCGCACAAACCAUUCAUUCGCUUGCUGAACGCGCACUGUAUGUAAACAAACGACAACGAAAUCAAGAGACGACGUUAAUCGAUCGACACCUGCUAGACCAACACCAGCAGCAGCAGCAGUCAGACCGUUGACUGCAAAUCCUCGGCGAAAACAACCUUGUCAACGAGCCUCAAGCGACUCUUUUAGCUGUUUAUCGAAACUAGUUGUAUACCGCUCGAACGCUAGAAGUCAAAUCAAGAUGACGACCUCGACCUCCGCGACGUUGACGACUCUGGCCCACCACCCUCGACUUGGACGAUUUCUCUACACAUAUCGAGAAACCUGCCACGAUACUCCGGAGCCGUGGUGGUGAUGCUCAUGGGACCCUUUCGAUCGAUGAGAUUCCAGGCGUCCACGAGCAGCGUCAUAAGUUUCGCCCGGACCUUGUGCUUUGCCCAGAAAAAGUCGAGGAUCAGAGCGCGAUACAGCCAUUUGCCGUCCUGGGACGGAACCCCUGUUCGCCAGUCCAGGGGCUCAGGGUCGCGAAAUGGAUCAUCACUACUCGCAGGUAUUGUGGAUGGUCUUGGAAUUCGCACCAGCAUCAGACUGUAGUCGACUGCAUUGUGGCGUGCAAGCAGCUCGGUGUCAGCUUGUAGGGCUUCCAGAAACGCGUCGGCCUGUGAUUGACUCAAGCGCAUUUUGUCGUUGAAUUCAUCGGCAAGUUUCGACUUGGUCGCCUGCGACGCAAGCUUACCGCCGGCGAUGUCCCGCUCGGGAAAGAAGUAGGACAUGGGCUUCAGGUCAAAGGUCUGCCAGUUGGAGUCCUCGUCCUGGCCGUGCAACAGAUUCUCCAUGACAAGAUGGUAGUUCGGUGCCAGGCCCAACAGACCGCCGAGACUGUGGUACUUCCAACCCAAGAAGUCGGUGAUGCGCACCAGCAGCGAUUGCGGGUGUGAUUCCAUGUGCGCGACGUACGGUUCCAGUAAGUCGUCGCGGAAGAAUGUAUGCUCGAACCGCCGUGGAACCGACUUGAUCAGGUACUUGUUGUCCCUGGUUGUGAAGAACGUCUGCAUGGAGAGGCCAUAUAUCAGCCCCGGAGUUUUCACAUUCUUCUAUAGGUGGGGGGCUCUCUGCCGUCCGGGGUUGCAAGCAAUAAGUUACAAACUUACCGAUCCUGAAUACCCCAUGUCGCCUUUGGGUAUGAGCGGAUUCUCGCCCUGGAAGCUGGCUUUGUAGUCAUCUUCGGAUAUCUUCCAUGUUUGGUUCCGUAGUCUUUGGAAGAGGUCCGGUCGGAACCGGGUCAGGACGAGCGCAUAUAGCGCGAAGAUCUUGCGGAGCCAAUGCCAGAAUCGGAAACCGCUGUCAGCCCUGUCCCCUUGGAGGACGGCGAGUGCUAUGGACCGCGAGAUGUACUCAUCGCGGCUUCCCAUGAUAUCUGGAGAGAACCCGGCUGCAUAUGCUAGAAAGGACGAGAAACAAUAGAUCAAAAAUCGUGAACGGCCGACGGGGAAAGGGACAGGAGAGAAUCGUUGGGUUUGUGUGCAAUUUUGUUGUCAAUUUCAUGGAAACUUUGACACGAUCCCUGCCUGUUGAAGCCACGCGAGCAAGUCAACAAUGUGACGUCAAGGCCACUUCAGCCUUGUCGCCCCUGGAACGUGACGAGGCUGCGCUCCUACUGGGCCCCUGCCACUCAGGCUGCAGUCGACCAUGGUCAAGCUUCAACAUCGACGAGUUCUUACGAGUGUAUUUUGACGCCUCGUGAUUAUGCAUACUAGCAAGUACUGCAGGAUGCAGACCGGAAGUCAAUUUCUACAUUUCGUAACUUGACCCUUAUUGCAGCGGCCCGCCCCGGGAGUGACUGGUCUGCCCUCCUGCACGAUACAGUCACGCCCUCCGAGUCUAUCGCCAAGUUCAUGGAGGAUACAUCGGAUCGAGGCAUUGUGAUGCGGUGCUUUUCAUGCCACAUGUCACAUAAGAGGGUCACAUCUUGACUAGGACAGCAGGAAAGCCUUCAAUUUCAAGAUGUCCAGUCUGAUCGGGUCCAGGCCCGCCUGAUUGAGCACUAUCCGAACUGUGAGCGAUACUUCACAAUGAAACGUCCGACUGCCAGUGUAAGUUAGGUACCUACAUAUGUAUCUGGUAUACAGCAUUCAAGAAAUCCAACAUAUGCUACUGUCUCCAGAACGAUUCAACUUGAAGUUGAAGUCGGGAUGCACAGCGAGUCAGAAGACACGCCUAACUUGAUGCAGUAAUUAUCGGGGAUUAUCCACCUCGUAAAUUUCGGCCACUAAUCACUCUAUUGCGGAGUACUACAAUUGUAUGUCUUGAACGGAUCUCAAUGACAUUUCCAUCUUCACAGUCUUGAAGCCCAUUGCCAGCAUCUGCUUUGUCCCUCCGCUUCCCGACUGCACAAAAACCAAAGCAGCUUUACGAUAGUUUUUACGAUAGUUUUCUUGCACCAGUCCAUAUCCUUUCCACCAACGCAGGGCCCUUCUUCCGACUCCAAAAGCUCAAGAGACCAUCCUCGGUGUCUUCGCGAUGAACACUAGAAAUCCAUUCGCAGUCUGCUCUUUACAGCGCUCAGUGCGCCAUGCCCUCCUACACAUACCUAGGGGCCCAUCCUCCUCAUCCCAGGCCAGUGGGAUCCUCAGGAAAAGCAUCCAAUCCAGCAUUCCCACCAGAACGUUAGGGACAAGCACAUCCAAAUCUACACAAACACCACUACGCAGCUCUAGAUACCCAACAUCCUCCACAUCCAGGUCCAUUUCCUCCUCAGUUCGAAGACACACUUCCACCGCAGCCGACUCCCCAGCAUCCACCUCCAACCCCUCAAGAAUCGUUCGCCCACUCGUCCCUCCGCCCAAAGAAGGCAGCGGCCCUCUCCUGUCCCGACGACCCGACCGCGCCCUCCCCGAACUCCCCCGCCGCAGCACAUGGACCUAUACACUACCCAUCUUCCUGUUCCUAGUCGGCUUCUCCAGCGUCGCCAUUUUCAACUACCAAAAAUCAUCCAGUUCGACCGUCAACGCGAUCCUGUACGCCUUGCGGACCAACGAGCAGGCGCGGGCCUUGCUCGGCGACGAGGUCUACUUUGCUAGCAAAGUGCCCUGGAUCCGGGGUGAAUUGGCGCCCCUACAGGGCACGAUCGACAUUACUUUCUGGGUCAAGGGCACGAAGAACGAGGCGCAGGUGAAAUUUGUUUCGAUCCGCAAGAGGCGUGACGGCUACUUUGAGACGCUGGAGUGGAGUCUCAGAACGAAGGAUGGGAAGGUGAUUCAUUUGUUGGAUAAGGAGGGGUCGAAUGAUCCGAUGGCGGGGACGAAGAUAUGAUGAUGAAGGCCCCUAAAAGGUGAAAGUCGGAUGCAGCGGAGGGUUGCAUUUUGCGUUUGUACAAAAGUGUAAGAAAUGUCUGGAUGCUACAGGUGUGCCGGUGAUGGGGAGAGAUUACAGUAGAAAAGAGGUGAUUCGAAGGAUAUGAGAGGAUAGUAGGGAAAACAAAAGCUGAUCUGAGCCGAGCCGAGCAGAGCAGAAGCUGACCGGAGCAUACAUACGGGCACAGCUGGGCAGAUCAGAAUCCGCCGCACACUCCUCGACUACAGACACAGACUGUGAGACGCCCCUCGUGUCCUGCUUAUACGGUAUGGGAAAAAAUUGCAGGGUUGAUGCAUAACAUACCGUCUAUGGCUGGGAGGCAAUCUUUCUCCUGCGCUGCUUCUCCACCGAAGGCACCCCACAAAGCUGAAUCUGAUAAACCUCUGGAAGACAUGGUCAUGCCCAACAUUGGAACGCUCAUCCGUCGGCUACGACAGUUCUGGGCAAUGCUGAUUAGGAUGCACAUGUGCACUCGACGGACCGGAGAAAGGACACCCUAGAGUCAGAAAUCGAGGAGUAUAUAAGACAGAAUCUCCACAUUGUAUCAACACACAAAGUAAGACAAAGUUCCUAUGCCCAUCCUGCCCGCCGAAAGCGAGAUGAUAUGAGAUGAGACGUGCCCCAGUUUGGACAGUUCCUGUAUUUUCUUUAUAUUAUAGCCUCCUGAUCAGCCAUAUAAUUUAUGCUCUUCUCUCGGCA